AUGAACCGGAGAGCAGUUGAAGGUCUGCCUGAGUUGUGGCGAAUUGUACCAGUUUAUAUGCGAAGAAAAGUUGAGUUUCAUGGAAUGUCUGGUUUCGAGGGAAAGUGUUUGGUGAAGAGAUUCGAAGCUCGGUUCCACCAGAACACGACGCGGAUUCCUCUUAACCAGCCGUCGAUUGGCUUUGCUGAAAGAUUCAUGCUGACGCUGUUUCCGAGGCAAUCUCGUUCGAUUCCGAGCUCUCGAGCCUUCCAGCCAUCGUCGCUUGCUUCUGCCGCUCAUUCGAAUGCCUUGCUUUCUUCGGCUUUCUUGAGUCCUGGCCACAUUCUCGCCGGUUUCCAUUCGACCGGCUGCAACAAACGCGGAUCCAACUGGGCCCAUUGCGUCGAUUCCGAUCAGGUUUCUACUCGGGCCAGCGACAAUCAGUCUCUUGUCGCAAAGCUCGACCAGCCACAGUCGUGGCCCACCGUGUCCGGUAAGCUUGAGGCGUUGUCGACCAUCAGCUGCAAUGAACGGCUCCAAAGCCAAAGAUGUCUGACAUUUCGGCCAGAAGCAAGAUCCCACAAUCAGCACCUCCUUCUCAAUUCACUGAACGCCCUGGACCUGACAACUCGU